AUGCAGUCUGCACCCGCUGCGGCAGCGCGCUGUGGGCGGUCGCCGCAGCGCGCGCCGCCCGCUCGCAGCGCGCGCGUGUCGGCGCCCGCGGGUGCAGGAGUGGCGUCGUUCGCGCGGCGUGCGGCGCCUGCGUGCGUGCGCCCGCCAGCUACGCCUCGCGCAGAACGCAAGGUCGUCGUGCGCGCCGAAAGCGGCUCGGCGUCGCCCGCGGAGGAAGAGGGAAAGGACGGGUUCGAGAUCCUGCUGCCCUACGCGUAUGGGGCCAUGGCCGUGGCGUUUGCGGCGUAUUUCGCGGUGGGCGUCGCCGCUCCUGAGAAGCUCAUGUCCGAUGUCUGCUUCGCGGGCCUGUCCAACACCGCGUUCCAGGGCACCGGGGCGCUGGAGGCAGCGCUCACUCGCCUCGCAGCGUGCGCCGCUGCUGCGCCCGCGGCGGCGUGCUGGAGCCUGCGCUCGGCAGCGAUGCACGACCGCCUCAAGUCCACCACGUACCAGCGCCUCAACAUCGGCAUCGCCCUCUUCGCGCUCUUCCAGGGCUUCGCCGACACACUCCUCAGGUACCUCGAGCUCCAGGCGCCGUGCAAGGCCUCGAUCAUCGUCGGCGGCGUCCUCCCGUUCGUGAUUGCGUCCCUGGGGCUGUGGAAGGGCGGCAUCAGCGGCGAGAAGCUCGCGCUCGUGGAGGACCUCGUCGUCGCGGAGGACUACAAGGCGCUCGCGGACCGCCCCGUCGCGACGCCGCGCGCCGCCGCGCACACCAUCGGCUACUGCGUCUUCAUGUUCACCGGCGUUGUGCUCGGCCUCGCGCCGCAGGAGGUCCUGCAGUGGCUCGGCGUGGACGCGCCGUCGAGCGCUGCGUGCCACAUCGUGCGGUGCGUGGGGGCGCUGUCGUUCGUGACGGGGAAGGGCCACGCGGUGCUGAAGGACGGGUGGAACCGCGGGCGCCUCGGGGCGAGCACGUUCAAGCAAAUGGAUCUGGGGAUCGGUGUGGCGGGGGUCGGGCAGGCGGCGGCGCUGGGGGCGGCCGCGGCGUCGGGCGUCGCGGCGGUCUCGGCCGCGACGUGCAUCAUGUGCGCCACGUGGGGCGUGACGGGCGCGUUCGCGCUGUACGGGUUCCUCACGGACAAGAAGUGA